UUAAAGGCUGAUUUACACGAUGCCAGUUGUUGGCAUGCCAGCUGGUAUGCUAGCUGGAAGGUCACUGGCGUCUGUCAACUGGAAUUGGCAACCGACUGGCGCCUAUCGUUUACACGAUGCUGGUUACUGGCAGACACUAGUAGCUAGUGGUAGUGUAUUAUCAAUUCAAGUACUGAGUUGUAGUGUACACGUUAUCACGUCUUGUAUAAAAUAUAAACAUCGUCUUAUAAUAUUUUAAUAUAGUUAUGGCGGAAAUAACAUACAGCGAUACAUUUAAAAAAGCAGUGUGUUCUAUUACUACACUAUUGUGUGACGAGCUGUUGGAGAUAUGUGAAGAAGAAUCGAAGAAGAGAAAAAGAAAAGUUUGGGUUAGAAAUUGGAUGGAUAAAAAGAAAUAUGGAGCAUCAGAAACAAUUAUAAGAGAACUUAGAGACAAUGAUCCACUUGAAUUUAAGUCUGUUAUAAGGCUAACACCCGAACAGUUUGAAGAGUUGUUGCUUAAGAUAAGUCCAAUCAUAAGCCGUACUGACACUUUUAUGCGCCCAGCUUUAUCUGCCAGGCUAAAGUUAGAAUUAACCCUAGCAUUCUUGGCCUCAGGAACAAACUCUAGAAUACUGUCAGUAAUGUUCCGCGUUUCCAAAGCAUCAAUUUCAAAUAUGAUACCUGAAGUAUGUGAUGCUAUCUAUUCAGUUAUGAACGAUUACAUAAAAGUAAGUAUUUAUUUACAAAAAAAAAUAAUAUACUUUUAUUAUUACUUUUAUUUUAUUAUUAAUCUUCAUAAUUAUUACACAUUCAUAAUUUAUUAAACUUAAUAAAAAAACGAUUACAUUCAUAAUUUAUUAAACAUCAUAAAAAAACGAUUACAUUCAUAAU